AUGCCAUUGUUCUCGUCGGUCAAUAAUGCUCCCUCCGAUGUAGGGUCUUUACAAGACUCCGACCUCCGCGCGCCAGAACUGUUCCCCAAUGGGUCCAGUGCUCAAGCCCAGUACACCUCAAGUGAACCGCAAAAUGGUCCAGAAACCUCGUCAGAACUCCAGUCUAGAAAUGCUGCGCAUCCCAGCCUUGUGGUCAAUUCCACCAUGGCUACUUAUACUACCUCAGGCGUGAAUUCCAUCGAAGACGAGGAGCCACCACAAUCCGUCAUACAUGCACCUUCAGGUUUCGGUGACUUUAAAUUCUCCAGCAGUCCGCUGUCACCACCCCCGUUGACCACAACAAUCGAACCCGUAUUAGACUGGGCUGAGAGGGCAACUCCUCGUGCUCAAACAAUGGAAGAAUUUGGGAAGACUGUGGUCACCUCCCAUCCAACAGAUGACUGGGAUCGUCAUGAUAGAACUCCUCCGGCCCACAGUGAUGCCUUAUCUACAGGAAGGGUGGCGCCGGAGAUGUUUUCUGAUGCAGAAAUCGAGAUCAAAGCACUGAGGGCUGCUCUUGCCGAAUGUUGGUCGUUGUGCAACACUUUGGCCGGGUUGAGCUAUAUACAUAGGACCCGGUCGAAUCGACAGUCUGAUGCGGAAGAAAAAACCUGGCAAUCCUGUUGGCGACUGUGUCAGGAAUUAUACAACAGCCAGGACCUCGACUAUGACUUGCAGAUCAACCCCACCUUGGAUCUCUGCCGGAAAUUCUGCCAGACCCUAUUCGAUUCCAGAAGUCGUGAUAACGAACUUGCAGACUCCAUUCUCCGCGUUAGCUUCGAACUCAACAAUCAUCUAUACAACACCCACGAUCGAACACUCCCCGGUGCCUUCAGAGAGCGGACGCUGGACUUUUACAUUACUCUAUGUCACCGUUUGAUGAAGCAGAGGAGCCAGACAUCAGAGUCAAACACGCUGCUAAGUGCGUGCUGGUCGUUGGCCGAAAUGCUAUUCAGCAUACGUCAAAGUAAGAAGGAAAAGAGGGGGCUAGACGAAGAACUACUCGGCUCGGCCGUGCAGGCUUGCUGGGAACUCUGUGAUAUCUUCCGCGAAGGGUGGACCCGCCAUCGACUGGUCGAGUCUAUUGCUACACCAAGGCAUAUCGAGAACCUGCGAGAUUCUGAUCGAGGAACACCUCGGCCUAGUCAGAUGGCGUCCGGCCAAGCUGCCCAGCAUUCUUUACUGCCCAGCCAUGAGCCUGGUAAUGGGGUAAUGGUCACCAGAGGAAAUCCCGAAACGCCGACGACCAUAUUCGAAGAAGCCGCCACUGUUUCGCCCGACGAUGCUCCGAUCCAGAACAUAUUUGUCUUGGGACAGGGUCCCCCUCAAACCUCACGUCACAAAUGGUCAUCUAAUACGUCAAGUAUCUCAGCACACACCCGAUCUUCAGAGCAGACAUCAUCGACAAAGACGAUAACGACAUUCCGGAAUGAUCUGGAUUUGGUAUGUAUUGAGGUUCUAGUUAUGAAGGCCGCAAUAGACAGCGGAUUCCAACGUAACGGCCCACAAAGUUUGUCAUCGUUUGUUAAAUCACUCUCUUCGGAUGCGUUCGGUCCAAUGUCCUGGCAGACUUCCCUGCUCAAAAACUAUAAGAACUUUGUGGCGGCCGAUCCCGGGAUUCGCAAUAUAGGGAAUGGGACCCAGGCGAGCGCCGUUGAUAUAGCAAAGGCGGUCCAAGAAAUGGUCCAAGGUGGCAGCCAUCUUUGGUUACAGGAUCUUUACCGACUUGUUUUUGGGUUCCAUACUGAGGAGGCGAUGGGGCGAGAUAUAAUGCUUCGUGUGUAG